AUGGAUGCGGAUAUACUGCGCCAAAUAGAGCUUCAAAUAGAAAUUCUCGUUGCACAUCUUCAAAAUCCAUUAACUUUCUCUCGUAUUAUUCAACUCGACAUAAAUGCGUAUGUUCGAAGUAGACGAACCUUACGACAAAAAAUUAAUAUAAAACAAACUACCGGUUACAACUUAUUUAAAAAGCAAGCAACUGAAGAAGCUCACUUGAUAAACAUUACAGAUGGAAGAGUUAUUGGUAUGUCUACCAAUAUAGUGUGGAGAAACAAAUUUGAUCUAUUAUCGGAAAUUAAUACACCUUUUCAUUGGCAAAAUCGUUGA